AUGGACCCGGUGACGGCGGAGAAGGUCGCGGCCAGGCGUCGCCUUGGCCGCCUCCACGCGCUCUUCAGCUGCGUCGAGGCCUGCCUCGCGCUGCUGCUCGUCUUCUGGUCCUCUCUCCGAGGGUAUGCCACGGCAAGGCUCGCCGUCGGCCUCUUGGGCCGCCUGCUCACCGGCCACCUAUUCAUCUUCCUCCUUGGCAACGCGAUCGUCCUCGCCCUGCUUGCGCUGUCCUGCCGCCAUGUGGGAGCCAGAGACGCCAGCGGGGGCGACGUGUACGACCAGUUCCUGGCGUGCCAAAGCAGGGCUGCACCAUCGCACCCGACGUCUCUGGCGGCGGAGGCAGAGGAGGUGCCUACUCCCCUGCCGGCGAAGGAUAAGAAAAGCAGGGCUGCACCAUCGCGCCCGACGUCUCUGGCAGCGGAGGCGGAGGAGGUGGCUACUCCCCUGCCGGGGAAGGAUAAGAAGGUGAGGCGAGCGUGCCUGAGGCGCCGGUCGGUGAAGAUGGAGCGCCGGCGGAGUGGUACAGUGGAUCUCCGGCGGUCCGGCUCGGACGUCUCCGGCGUGGAGGCGAAACCUGACGUGGACGCCGAGGAAUUCCGGCGGAUGAUAGAAUCGUUCAUCGAGAUGCAGCAGAAGAGGUUCCAGCGAGAGGAAUCCAUGGCCGGAGUUUCCUCUUCCUUCCUGGAGGAACAACCACACACGUAUACUGUUGUAACUUGCUCCUGA